AUGCGCCUCUACCCGCCAGUCUCUUCCCUGAUUGUCCUGUUGCGAGAGGCGGGGCAUGGAGGCGUAGACCUGGACCUCACUGGCGGCAGCCGCAGGAGCCUGGCCACGCCAGCAGCGGGGCCCACCAGCGUGUUCAUUCCAGGCGAGCUGCUGCCGCUGGGGUGCAUUGGGUCACGGUGCGGCGCCGCCUGCGUGCAGUUGAUGUACAACUGCCGUGUCAUGUUCAACAUCUGGACGCUGCACAGGGAUCCUCGUUAUUGGGAAGCUCCGGAGGAAUUCAGGCCCGCACGCUUCCUGCCAGACGAGGCGGCCAGCCACCACCCUGGAGCGUACUUCCCCUUUGGCCUGGGGCCCCGCAGAUGCGUGGGCUGGCGGUUUGCGCUGGAGGAGGGCGUGCUGUGCCUGGCCCGCAUCUUCCAGCGCUUUGAGCUGCGCCUCGACGCCGAGCGCCACACCGGGCCGCUCGACCUGCGCAGCAGCGUGACGCUGGCGCCGCCCAAAGGCAUCUGGCUGAAGGUACACGGCCGGGAAGUGUAG